AUGUUACAAAGGAACGGCUCCCAGCUCCUUUUCCUAAUAGCCCUGUGCAGUGUGUUAUAUUCCCGGACUCAGUGUUUGCCAUAUACAUCUAUGAGGUAGGAAUAAUACCGCUAUUACUCAUUUAAAAAUAUAUUGUUUUUGUGCAUGAGGACAUAAAAGGUCUAAAAGAGCAUCAAAAGUUACUUUUGCCAAAGAGUUCAAGAACUGCAAGGACAUACUCACUUGUUAUAUUAUAUGCUGUAGGCCAAUAACUUUAUGUGUACCAAUAGGAAUGUAUAAUAAUAGCCUAUCAUCAUAGACAAAUAAAUUAUAGGCUAUAGUGUUAGUGUUUUAACUUAUUCUAACUCUGGGUUAAUCAAUAAACAAGAUAAUCAACAAUUAAUUCGUCGACUAUAUCCUAGAACAAUACUACUUUCUAACAAUAACAUUUAAGUCUUGAGAAAUGUUAUUUUAUGUAGCCGACAGGCUACUUUUAUAUAAGUGAAUAUUGAUUGUGUUCUCUGGAUGAUUAAGAAAGUAAUGAAUAAUCAGUGGAACGUGGUAAUUUCUUCCAAUGGAAUAUUGGAUGUCAGGAUACAAAAAAUUACGAAUUUAAGUGUCUGUCUGCCUCAUGACAACUUAAUGUCGUUUUGGUAUUGUCUAAGAGUAAUCGACAUACGCCAAUAUUUGUUUUACCCCAAUGUAGCCUAUUGAAACGUUCCGCCCAUGAAAGACUCUCAAACCACCUUUUCAGAUUUUUGCUAGACAGUGUGACUUAAAACUGUUUUAAUCUGUUUGCAGACCGACGAGACACGCAGACGGUCUCUUUACUAGUGGAUACAGCAAACUUCUUGGACAGCUAUCGGCGCGGCGGUACCUGGAAUCCUUGAUUGGAAAGCGAGUCAGGUAGACUGUAGUUCAUGCUUUUCCUUCAGAUCAGCGCGCGGAGUUUGAUGCCCCUAUUAAACGCGUAUUUUAACAGUAUGAUAACAUUGAUAUCCACAUAUUUUCAGGAGCAUUCAGGUUUAUUGAAAACAUGUAGAGUCAGGAAGCUUGACAGAAAUACCUAUUCCACAAAAUUGUCUUCCUGUAUGCAUAUUUCUGUGAUUUUAGUCUCAUUGAAAACAUGUGGAUAUAUCCUUAAGAAAGUUGUAUUAGCGUACCUGCCAUGAAAACGUCUAAUAAUCUCAUUUGUUGUAAUUGUAUGAGAUUUGUCAUCUCAAUAGUGAUUCACUUAUGGUUUAAAUAACCCUAUUUAUUGGAUAAGUUUAGUAAAAGCCUAAACAGGUUAGCAAAAGUCUCAAAAUGAUGGACUAAAAUGUGUUAUGGUUAAUUUGUCACAGUGAUGACAUGAUGGAGGAUCAGGUACCAGUGAAGCGCCACUCAGAUGCCAUAUUCACAGACAACUACAGUCGCUUCCGCAAACAGAUGGCU